CUGGCAGCUUCUCAAACUGAAGGGGCCAGCGGGGGCAGCUACGAAUCGAUGAGCAAGUCAUUGUCCGAGGUGAACAGUGGGAUCGAGACCACAACUGCAAAGAUCCUGAUGGAGGAAGAGAAGUUCAAGAAGUGGAGAACCGAGAACAUUAGGAGGAAGCACAAUUACAUCCCGUUCCUGUUCAACUUCCUCAAGAUCCUUGCUGAGAAGAAGCAGCUCAAGCCUCUGGUCGAGAAAGCUAAGCAAAAGGCUGGCAACGCCAAGUGA